UCCAAAAUCAAACUGUUUCUUUGUUUUCUCCUCUGACCUAUACUCGGCAUAUUAACGACAUGGCCUUUCUUCAAGCUCACUCUGCUUCCCCCAACUGUCCAAUUGUUGAUUUUCACGUCCACCAUGCUCAAAAAUUGAAGGAAUUGAAGGAUUCACUGGCAAAUGUUGGAGAAGAUGAACUGCUGAUUGCGGUUGAUGCCAUGCAGCACCUAGGCCUUGAUCAUCACUUCCGAGAGGAGAUUGAAGCAUUUCUGCAAAAGCAAUAUCAUGCAAGAGCUUAUGAUAAUUGCAAUCAUCAACUUCUUGAGGUUUCACUUCGUUUUCGACUCUUGAGACAACAAGGUUAUCAUGUAACCACAGAUGUGUUUAACAAAUUCAAGAACAUCGAAGACUUGAAAUCAGGACUAGACAAAGACAUUGAGGGAUUGGUGGGAUUGUAUGAAGCAUCUCACUUGAGUGUCCAAGGAGAAGAUGCACUUGAUGAAGCCGGAAAGCUCAGCCACCAAAUUCUUACUGCUUGGCUGCCAAACAAUCUUGAUGAUCAUCGAGCACCACUCGUAGCACAUUCAUUAAAGCAUCCUUAUCACAAGAGCUUGACAAGAUUCAUGGCUAAAAACUUUUUGGACUAUUUCCAAGGCACAGAGAAAUGGGCCAGUGUUUUACAGGAGCUAGCAAAACUAGAGUUGAACGUGGUUGAAUCUAUAAUCCGAAAUGAAAUCCUACAAAUAUCUAAGUGGUGGAAAGAACUAGGCUUGACAAAGGAGUUGAAUUUUGCGAGAGACCAGCCAAUCAAAUGGUAUACGUGGCCCAUGGCAUGCCUCACAGAUCCAAGCUUAUCAGAGGAAAGGCUUGAACUUACAAAAUCGAUCUCUCUUGUCUACAUAAUAGAUGAUAUUUUUGAUGUGCAUGGAACACUCGACGAGCUCGUCCUCUUCACAGCAGCAGUUGAGAGAUGGGAUCUUGAUGAGACUGAUGAACUACCAGAUUACAUGAAGAUAAGUUUUAAGGCUCUUUAUGACAUUACCAAUGAAACCAGCGACAGGGCGUACAAAAGGCAUGGGUGGAACCCUAUAGAAUCCCUAAAAAAAUCGUGGGCAAUAUUGUGCAAGGCGUUCCUGUUAGAAGCACAAUGGUUUAGGUGUGGGCAUUUGCCGAACGCUGAAGACUACUUGAAGAAUGGGGUUAUCAGUACAGGGGUGCCUGCAGUUCUAACCCACGCCUUCUUCAUAUUGGGUCGAGGCAUAACUCAGCAAGCCAUAGAUAUUGUUGACAACAUCAACACACCUGGCAUCAUAUCUUCAACGGCGACCAUUCUACGGCUCUGGGAUGACUUUGGAAGUGCCAAGGAUGAGAACCAAAAUGGGUAUGAUGGUUCGUACAUACAGUGUUACGUGAAUGAACACGAAGGUUGCUCAGAUGAAGAUGCAAGGGCUUACGUUUUCCAAAAGAUUUCAGAUGAAUGGAAGAGACUCAACCAAGAAUGCUUCUCUUCAAAUCCAUUUUCAGAGUCUUUUACAAAACUUGCUCUCAAUGUUGCUAGAAUGGUGCCGAUGAUGUAUGAUUACAAUACCCAACAUCGCCUUCCAAGCCUUGAGGAGAACAUGAAGUCGUUGCUUUUUGAUAGUUUUCUUGCACAAGGGUUUCAGUCCCCAGGCCAGACGAAAUAAAUUGAGGUCUCAAUUCUCAAAGGCCUCAUUAAAUUUCACCACCAGAUUGCCAACUCUGCUCAAAUUAUAUAUAUCCUGUUUUUGUUUUUUUAAUGAAAUAGGGGGAAAACCCCCAAAAAGAAACAUUCGCUGUCCUGUUUAGUUUCGGAAGAUAAGGUAGGGAUGUUUUAUUUUAUUUUAUGUAUUACCCUGUUAUUGAAAAGAAUAACAAAGGAAGGAUUUGAACAA